AUGGCGAAGCAACUCCUCAUUCUUGUGGCCACCAUCAUUGCUUUGAUGCUCCGAGCCACUUAUGCAAGAAUCAUACAGAUUAACCCUGCCGGGUCAGUAUAUCACCUGUUGGAGCUGAACAACUUGCCGCAGGGCCUCCUACCACUUGGUGUGCAAUCCUAUGUGCUUGGUGCCGGUGGAGCUUUGGAUGUGAAAUUGUCCAGUGAGUGUAACGCAUUUGUCACAUUCUCCGGUAGGAAAUUCGAGUUUGUGUACGCUACCGAAGUAAACGGGGUUAUCAAGUCAGGAUCCAUUAGCAGUGUAUCUGGGGUGAGUGUGCAGGUGGAAUUUGUUUGGCACGUUUUGCACGAAGUCACUCGUGCAGGCAAGCAGCUCAAGAUCCAGCUAGGGAACAACACUCUGUCAUUCCCAGUCAGUGCCUUCACUGAGAUCCCCAGCUGCAACCGAGGCAUCGAAUCCUCGACUGAUGCGUUCGCCUAG